AUGGCUAGGCGAAAAAGUUUAAACAAACGUUUAUCUAGAUACAAUAGACGCAGUGCUGGUUCUGCUAUUCUAGAUCCCGAUACGGAAACUUUGGGCUCUGAAUAUCCAUAUUGGUGGAAAAAUGUAGAAACUGACACAAUAGUACGACCAUCCGCAGGUUCAAGUAUAUUAAAUCAGACAAGUCGUCAUUUAAAUUCUGACUCAGAAAUAGAAGCAAGCCAAGUUGGGAAUGAAUGGUGGAAGGUGUUGGAAGGUUCGAAUAUGUCAGAUUUAUUAAAAAUAAAAAUGAACGUUAAGACUGCUGAAAAAGGUGCCGCUAAUAACAACAAUACACCAACGUCAGAGUCUGAAGAAGAAGUGAAAAAAGCAAAAACAAGGUUUACAGUGCAUUCAAAAACAAAAAGGGACAAAAGUAAUGUUUUUUUAAAUGCUUCGAACGAUUCUGCAGCAACAACUACAACUGAACUUGGGCAAAUAGAGAAAAGAAAAAGUUGUACGGCAGUUGCUAAUUUGAAGCGUAUAAACAAACUAGGGGAAAAUAGUUUGAAUCAAAGCGAAAAAAGCAAUGAAAUUUUAAAGUCAAAGCCUAAAAUAUUUCAUAAAAAGUAUGGAAAUAAAGAUAAAAAUGUAUUUUUGGAUAUAUUAAAAGAAAGCAAGUUAGAAACUUCCUCAAAGGCAAAGAGUAAUAAUAAGUUGCAAACAGCAACAGAAGCUCCGGUGGAGCCAGAUCACUUUGCAUUAUCUUUCAAGAAUGAAAAUGUUAUUCCACAUUUGCCUGUACCUAAAGCACAAAGUACAAUACUAAAAAGUAAUACUUCAUCUGGACAUAGUAACAAGAGUAGCAAUAAUAGCGAUAUAGCUGAUAAAGUACUGAAAAGAAAGUCUAAAUUGUUAACACGUCAUAACGAAGGAAAUGUGAAAAGAAAUCUAUUUGAAAAUGCAUUUGAAGACCUAGAAUCGACCGGCGAAGUAAGAAAAAGCGAGUUCGUUGGUGAAAUUCUCGAAGAAUCUGUAAAAUCUUCAAGAAUCUCUGAAGCAUCGGGAAAAAAUGUUGGAGAGAAACACGAACGCGCAACUUCACCAGUGCAAAAUGUUAAUCUAUUUAGCAAAAGCAACAUAUUGGCCAAUACUUGUGCUACAUCGAGUGAUACAUCCGAUCUAAGCCGAGAUUCUAGGCGCGUUUCAAAGUCAAAGACAAAAUUUUUCACCAGGCCACGCAAACAUCAGGCGCAGAAUCGUUUUCAGAACAUAUUCGAAGAAAGCGACGAUAUCGAUGUGUUUGCAACAUCUAAAGCGAAGGUUUCGUUAAAUCUACCAGAAGAAGAAAAUUCCGCGUUGAAUAAUAUCGAGUUUGUUCAAUUGGGAAACGAAAGAGAGGGAGAUGAUAGUGAAAGCAGCAAAGAAAGUAUAUACUUAUAUUGGAAAUCGUCAAACACUUGGAGCGACGUAGGAGUUUCGGAAACAGCGGUGGAUAAUCUUUCCACGAAUAAAGCAGAAGAUAGAAGAAGCUCGAAAAGACGUUCGGGCAGAUUAGAUAGCUUGCACAGGCAACUAUUUUUGCACGGUGCGAGCAAAGUAUCGGAACAAGAAGAUGUUGAAACGAGUCGAAGAAGGAAAAGCAGGAAUAAUAUGGAAAAUGAACCAGCUGAAGCUACCCAUGUUUCUCCAAGGCGAAGCGUUCAUUCGAGAGAAGAUAAAAGUGUACCGCGACAGAGUAGCAGGAAGAAAAGUAGAACCUGGAAAGAAUCAAUUUCCCCUGUUGAAAUAGAGGAGGAUGUACCAGUCGAAAGCGAAGAAGAUAUCUCGAAGAGGCGAAGCGAUCGUUUGAGCAAAUCGAAGAAGCAUUCACUUCGACUAUUUGAGAGUGAGACCGAAGCAGAAGAAACUGAAGUGGAUAGUCCGAAAGAGAGUAGCAGGAGGAAAAGUGGAACGCAGAAAAUAUCGGUUUCCCCUGCUGAUAUAGACGACGAUGUACCAGUCGAAAGUGAAGAAGAUAUCUCGAAGAAGCGAAGCGAUCGUUUGAGCAAACCGAAAAAAUAUUCACUUCGACUUGUUGAGAGUGAGACCGAAGCAGAAGAAACUGAAGUGAAUAGUCCGAGAGAGAGUAGCAGGAGGAAAAGUGGAACGCAGAAAAAGUCAGUUUCCCCUGUUGAAAUAGAGGAGGAUGUAUCAGUUGAAAGUGAAGAAGAUAUCUCGAAGAAGCGAAGCGAUCGUUUGAGCAAGUCGAAAACUGUGAGUAAGACCGAAGCAGAAGAAACUGAGGUGAAUAGUUGGAAGGAGAGUAGCAGGAGGCAAAGUAUUCCACGGAAAGAAUCAGUUUCCCCUGUUGAAAUAGAGGAGGAUGUACCAGUCGAAAGCGAAGAAGAUAUGUCGAAGAGGCGAAGCGAUCGUUUGAGCAAAUCGAAGAAGCAUUCACAUAGAUUUAUUGCGAGUGAGAUUGAAGGAAACGAAACUGAAGUAGAUAGUCUGAAAGAGAGUAGCAGGAGGAAAAGUGUAACGCAGAAAAAAUUCGUUUUCCCUGCUGAAAUAGAAGAUGACGUACCAGUCGAAAGGGAAGAAGAUAUGUCACAGAGGCGAAGCGAUCGUUUGAGUAAAUCGAAGAAGCAUUCACAUAGACUUAUUGCGAGUGAGAUUGAAGGAAAAGAAACUGAAGUAGAUAGUCUGAAAGAGAGUAGCAGGAGGAAAAGUGUAACGCAGAAAAAAUCCGUUUUCCCUGCUGAAAUAGAAGAUGACGUACCAGUCGAAAGCGAAGAAGAUAUGUCGAAGAGGCGAAGCGAUCGUUUGAGCAAAUCGAAGAAGCAUUCACAUAGACUUAUUGCGAGUGAGAUUGAAGGAAAAGAAACUGAAGUAGAUAGUCUGAAAGAGAGUAGCAGGAGGAAAAGUGUAACGCAGAAAAAAUCCGUUUUCCCUGCUGAAAUAGAAGAUGACGUACCAGUCGAAAGCGAAGAAGAUAUGUCGAAGAGGCGAAGCGAUCGUUUGAGCAAAUCGAAGAAGCAUUCACAUAGACUUAUUGCGAGUGAGAUUGAAGGAAAAGAGACUGAAGUAGAUAGUCUGAAAGAGAGUAGCAGGAGGAAAAGUGUAACGCAGAAAAAAUCCGUUUCCCCUGCUGAAAUAGAAGAUGACGUACCAGUCGAAAGCGAAGAAGAUAUGUCGAAGAGGCGAAACGAUCGUUUGAGCAAAUCGAAGAAGCCUUCGCUUCGAAGCACUAGGGAGACACCUGAAAAGGAAGACGGUGAGAAUAGUCUGCUGCGGAGGAAUAUUAGUCAGAAUAAAGUGUUAAGGGCAUCAGUUUCGUCUGUUAUGGAAGGGAAUGGAAGAACGAGAGCUUCGAAAAGUAUUUCGAAGGGAGAAAAGGAAAGUUUGGACAAAGCAGGAAAAAGACGGACGUUGAGUAGCAGAAAGGAAUCGGAACCGGAGGAAGGUGAAAGCACGGCGGCGAAAAGGCAAAAAAGAAGUUGGAACAGAUCGGUUUCGAAUAUCGGCAUAAAUGAAACUGAUCAAGAUGAUAAUACUAAGAGAAGGAGCAAUCGUGGGAAUAUAUCAGAGAAGCAAGCGGAUAGUAGUAAGCUUGCUGGCGAAAGUCAAGACGAGAAUUUAACCGUACGGAAAGAAAGGAAAUCAGUUGUAGAUAAAUUGAACGUAGAAAAAGUGAAAGAAGAUGCGAACAGAGAGAGUAAAGGUUUAAAUAGCCCAGCAAAAGGACGAAGAAGUACGAAGAAGAAGUCUAAAACACGAUUUAGCAGUUUGAAUUCGGAUACUGUUAACGAUAGAAGAGAUAUAAGUAUUUCGAAGGUGGACGACGAUAACGAUGUAAAGGAACGGGAGGAAAAUGCUUGGAACGUGUCUCACGAGAAAGGAAUAGAAAACGAAGCGGCGCGUACCAGUAAGGGGCAACACGUUUCAGGGAGUCCGAGCGGAGUGUCCGGUAAAAUGUUGAAAAGCAACGUUUCGAAAGGGCAGAAAAGUAUCAAAAGCUUCUUCGAUUCGGUUAAAAGGUUACCACCGUCGCUGGAGCUUGAAAAGGAGGGAACGGUAGCAGAGAUAAAUAAGAAAUUGGAGAAAGUGAAAGAAUGGGUGAUGGUUGGCGUGAACACGGGGAAAAAUAAAGAUGAGAGAGAGGGAUUGGCGAGAGGGAAGAAAGUGAAGGAGGACGGUGAGAAGAGGAAGAAGGUGACAUCGGAAAAGCAGCGGCCAGCAGCGAAACAAAUUCACAAAGCCUUCUUGGUGAACGGGCAAAUGUACAGAGUGCCACGGCUUCCCCGUCCGAAGCACUGGAUCACGGAUCGUCUCUACAAGUACCUGUGGAAACGCCUGGAACCGAAGUACAAGCUGCAAACGAGAGUGGUGUCUGAAAAAUUUAUCAUCCAGUUGUCGAACGUAACGACGUUAAUCGCGAAGCAUAAAUCGUACGAGAAAUACAAAGUGGAACUGUUGGCGUUGAUGAAAGAAAUGGCACGGCUCGAUCUGAUUCGUACUCGAAACGAUUUUUAUAAUUUUUGCCACGAGUUCUUUCCGUACGAGCUUCGCAUUAAGACGAUGCCAAUGCUGUUGCCGGGAAACGAGAUAAAUAUACCGUACGACGCGAGUACGUUACACGUGCCCCUUUUGUACGUUUAA